AUGCCCGCCGCCCCGUCCCCUUCCGCACCCCUCAUCCCCCCCGCCCCUGCCACCUCUCCGCCCACCUCCUCUCCCCCCGCCCCGCCCGCCUCCUCCUUCCCCGCGUGCCCCUUGACGGGGAAGCGUCCGCAGAAGCCCAAGGUGCCACCGACCAGGUGUCCCGGCGCUGCUGAGCUGUCGUGCUGUGAUUCGUGCACGGAUCUGAACUCGGCUCUGAUGCUCGUGGGGUCCACGCUAGGCGAUCUCGUGGCGGCUAUCGACCCCGCGCUGCUGGAUUUCGUCAAUGCAACUCUCAAGAUCUGCGACCUGUUUGCCGGCCAGAUCAAGUGCGCGCAGGCCAUGGAGGAUCUGGUCUGCGCCGCCCAGUGCAACCCCGACGCCGGCAACUACAUCAAACCCGCCGCCCCUGCCGCUGCCACUGCUGGUCCCACCAUGACCGUUUGCACGGCCUAUGCCAAAAAAGUGUUCAACAGCUGUCAGGGGCUGUCAGUUGGUGAUGGCAUGGACCUGACAGCCAUCAUUCCAGACGCAAAGAAUUUCAUGUCCAUGGUGGUGGGGAACAUAGUCAAAGUGCUGGGCGUGAAGGGCUUCACAGCCAAAGUGGGAGCGUGCAAUUUCAUGUCCAUGGUGGUGGGGAACAUAGUCAAAGUGCUGGGCGUGAAGGGCUUCACAGCCAAAGCACAACCCAGUCCACUCCCUACAUUGCCUGCUGCUACCCCCUCACGGUCCCGCCUACCUGCUGACCUAUCAGCGUGUUUCCUCCCUCUGUCUCCCCCCCCUCUUUUCCAGACCAACUGUUUCGCAGGCACAACCCAGUCCCCCCCCUACAUUGCCUGCUGCGACCCCCUCACCGUCCCCGCCACCUGCCCUGCUACAGGCAUCAACACCACUCGCUAUGCCUCCAUUAUCAACCGUCCAAUCAACUCCUCCGCCUGCCAGGCUGGCAUCCUCCCCCCGCCCGCCCCUGCCCCUGCCCCUGCCGCCCCUCCCGCCCCUGCUCCCGCCCCUCCUCCCGAAUUUUCACCUGAAUCCUCCCCUGCACCUGCUCCUGCUCCUGCUGUUGACGUUCCUCCCUCCUCUCCUCCCACUUCUCCUCCCUCCGCUCCUCCCCCCUCAACUCCCACUCCUCCCCUUCCCCUCACUCCCAGCCCUCCCUCCCUGGUCGCAUCAACACCCCCUCCCUCCGCUCCUCCCACUCUCUCCCCCUCUCCUCCCUCUCCCUCCUCUCCCUCCUCUCCUUCCUCUCCCUCCUCUCCCUCCUCUCCCUCCUCUCCCUCAACCACCACUCCAUCCCCUUCCCCUCCUCCAAAAACGUCCUCCCAUCCUGCUUCCUCCUACCUUUCCCUCCUCUCCUCUCUCCUCUUUUCUGGUGUCACCCUGCUAGCACCAGCACUCCUGCUGUGA